AUGACCAAAGAACGGAUCAGUUUGGCGGAGCUGGCGCAGCGCAAGGAAGAGUACUACGAGCUCCUGGAGACCAGUGACGACUCGCUCCGACGUGUUUUGAACCAAAGGGGUGGACUAGUACUUGCUCGCGUUGGCCGCUAUCAGCCCUGGCCGGCAAGGUUUAGCGAGCCGGGCGAAUUUGCCAAGAUGGCACGAUAUCGAGCUAAAAAGGGACAGGCUUGCGUCUAUUUCUUCGGCAGCAGGAACUAUGGGUGGGUCUCCAAGUCGUCAAUUCAGCCGUUCCCGAAAGAUCUCACUACGCUCACGGCUUCGAAUAAAUACAAUCAGCAUCUCAUUCAAGAAGCCCUCGACGAAGCGAAGCUGGUCAUGGACGUGACUGACGAAACGGGUAAAUGCUUCUUCGACCGCAUCAUGGAACGCAAGAACGAAGUGGUGGACUUGCCAUGCGAACGCUGCAACCGGGUAGAUGACCACUACUCGCUUCUCAUUUUGUGCGACGGGAAAAAGUGCAAGCGAGAAUAUCACAUGAACUGUUUGAUCCCUCCGUUGGUGGCAGUCCCACCCGGCGAGUGGUUUUGCCCAGACUGCCAAAAGGAACGUGAAAGAGAACGCGAAAAAGGCGAGCUAAUGCGUGCAAAGGUGGAUGGACUGGAUAAGCAAGAGUCCGGAAUUACAGGAGUGAAUGCAGUCGAUGAAAGUAUGAGAGCAGUCAAAAUCGCGCUCGCACAGAAAACGAAAAAGUACAAACACAAGUCGAGAGAUGGCAUUGUGAAGCGCCGCCUUGGUUCUGCUUCUCCAGACAGAACUCGUGGCUCUGUCAAAAAGCCACGGGCUCGACGUUCAUCGUCUCAAGAGGUCUCGCCGCCACCGAGAAAGGAUUCGAGAAAGGAUGUGACACUUUCCAAAAAGCUGGACGGACGAAAGAAGAAAGCAUCUCAAAGUGUGGUACCCACCGGCAGGGCUCAGCUUUUGUUUGACCCAGAAUGCAACACAGCUGGUGAAGGACAGCGGUCUGAGGAGAAGUGUAUGCUUUGCGGCUUCGGAGGAGAAGUUAUUGUGUGCGAGUUUACUGGGUGCACUAAGGUCUACCACCGAUUUUGUUUGGGCGCUUACCCCUUCCCAAACGAUGAAGGCGCGACUUGGUAUUGCCCUCGACACACUUGCGCUCUAACAGGGGAGAAGGAAACAUGUGAGGACAGUGAGAAGGCAACACAUAAGGUGAAGUGUACUUCACCGCGGAAGAGUACCAUGAAAGUUUGUCUAUGGAAGUGCAUUCGGUGUCCUCUCGCGAUAUCGAACGAAGUCCUUCCACAGCUGCCGCAAAAACAGAUCUUCUCGAAGAAGUCGCGGUCGUUUGUCUGUCCGUAUUGCUACGUCAAUGCGCCUCCCAAGGUCCAGCUCGCAAAAAGACUGGAAAAGAUUUGGUCAACUCUGGCCACAAAUCGGCAAGGAAUGCCGUUUUGUGGUCCGUUGUUGUGUGGAGUCGAGCCGGUAGACGGGCGGUUAGAGGAUAGCAGAGCACGAUUGGAUUUAUUCAAGGUGCUUGCACGAAUCCGGAAAUUGGAAUAUGAGGACUCGGUGGCAUUUUCGAGAGAUAUAGACGAGGUCGUAGCUAGCGCUAUUGAUCUUAUUGCGAAUCGAUCAAUACCGCUUAUAGAGGCAGCGGAUACGUUGAAGGUAAUUCGCAACGAGCAGUUUACGAUUCACCAGGAAAAGCUCGUGUUCCUUGACAGCAAGAUCCGCCGCUCAAAGGCUGAUCGAAAGGACGAUGGUGAUGACCUAGUCAAUGGAAACAACAAAACAUGGCCUCUUCGGUGGCGUCAAGAAUGUGGUCCGCUCGAUGACAAACACUUUGCUCAUGUUGAUUCGAAGUCACUUGACGAGUGGACAGCGCUUGUUUCAGCAGCACCUUUAUAUGCAAGCAGGGACGACUUCGACGACCGGAGUGGCACUUUCACGUACAUGAGUGACGAGUGCAGCGGGAACGAAGAUGUUUCUUUGCUCUCUACCGAGUUGACGCGUAACAGGAGCUCAUCGUCAGGGUCCGUGAACGAGUUGUAUGGUUUCCCAGCGGGAACGCAGACUAAGUCGAGUUUUAGUUUGUCCGAAGGAACAGAUGUGAUGAUCGCUCUUGGCGAUCUCUCUAAGCCAGGAUCUGGCAAUCAGAAGAGAAGGUUUGGUGGAGAGCAAACGACAGAACUGGAUGGCAUGGACGCCCGAGAGUUCUUUCUUUCUCCAUCAACGAGCGAGAUGCAGCACAUGUUUGACCAACAGUCCGCCCUCUUACGCAGCGCAUUAGAGGCGCACUCCACAUUACAGCGGUCGUGGCUCAUCAGUCAACAAGAUAUGCUGGGCGCCGGCGGGCGUGGAGGGUUUUCCGUUGGCGAAGGGCGGCUUGCUGCCGAACUGCGGCUAGCAAACAAGAAUUUGAGACAGCGACUUCGCAACAAGGACAAGUUAGUUGACCAGCUUACUUCGGACCACAUGACACUUCGAGCGGAGGUGAUCAAUUUGCAGAGAGAACUGUCGCAAAGCAAGGUUCAUGCGCGAGAGCUAGAGGAUCGUAUCAUCAACGCUCGAAGUACCAUUGAAGGCCGGAGCGAAGGCUGUACCAAUACCCGCGACACGUUGAACAAAAAUGGUGCAGUUGCUACGUCAGAUCGUGCCACUGACGCGGAGCACCUGCUGUAG